AUGUCGCCAAGCACAUCGGCGGAGAAUGGUGAAGACCACGCAGGACCAACACCCAUUGCUGUGGUUGGAUAUGACUUCGAAUUCCCACAGGAAGCGACUUCGACGGAAAGCUUUUGGCAGAUGUUGUGCGAGGGCAGAUGCGCAAGCACAGAGUUUCCUAAGGAUCGAAUCAACAUUGACGCGUUCUACCAUCCGGACCGCUCGAGAAAUAGUACAGUAGCUGCUCGCGGCGGCUGCUUCGUCACAGAACCUCUCGGCGCAUUCGAUGCACCGUUCUUCUCGAUAUUGCCGGUGGAAGCGGCAUGCAUGGAUCCACAGCACAGGAAGAUGCUGGAAGUCGCUUACCACGCUCUUGAAGAUGUAUAUACUGGUAGCUUCACAGAUGAUUACCGAAGUGUGAUGCAGCAAGACUUCGAAUCGCAGCAUACACAUGCAGCCACAGGUAUCGCGUUCUCGAUGUUAGCAAACCGCUUGAGCUGGUUCUUCAAUUUCAAAGGUGCUUCAGUCAACUUGGACUCGGCAUGCUCGAGCAGCUUGUCCGCGUUGCAUUUUGCUUGUCAGGAUCUUUGGAACGAAACCGCGUCAAUGGCGCUCGUUGGUGGCGCAAACUAUAUGUACCAUCCUGAUUUUAUGAGAUUCUUGUCCAAUCUCAACUUCCUUUCUCCAGACAGUCGUUGCUGGAGUUUCGACGAACGCGCGAACGGCUAUGCGCGAGGUGAAGGCUGUGCCGUGCUCGUGUUGAAGCGUCUUCCUGACGCUAUAAAAAACGGCGACAAUGUCAGAGCAGUGAUUCGCAACACCGGUUUGAAUCAAGACGGGAGAACGCCGGGUAUCACCGUCCCUAAUGAAGACGCUCAGGUUGACCUCAUUACAAGUACCUACCGAAAAGCGGGCCUCUCAAUGGAGCCUACCAGGUACUUUGAAGCACAUGGCACUGGCACCCCAGUUGGAGAUCCGAAGGAAGCUAGUGCGAUAGGUCGCAGCUUUGCUCACUGUCGGACUGCAGAUGAUCCGCUAUAUGUUGGUGCUGUGAAAGCUAACAUAGGUCACCUAGAGGGGUGUAGCGGUCUUGCGGGGAUUAUCAAGACCAUGUUGGUUCUUGAGAAGGGCUUCAUCCCACCAAUCGCGGGUCUGAACACUCUGAACAAGAAGAUAGAACCUGAAAAACGGCACUUGCACUUUCUGCGUGUCGGUAUUCCAUGGCCAGUGGGAGGCCUUCGUCGAGCCUGCGUAAAUUCCUUUGGAUUCGGUGGCACAAAUGCCGCGGCCAUUUUAGACGAUGUCAACUCUCAUUUGGAGUUCUACAAAGUUCACGACCCGAUCCAUAGGCAGCAUCAAGCUGUGAAUGGCGUCUCCACUCCACUGCUGAACUCAACUAGCACCAAUGAAAGACGGAACUCCUCCGACAUGAGGCUCAUCUCCUCCGCAAAAGGAGAGUCCAUCGAUCACACAGCGAUAGACAAGCUGUCAAUGUCUCGAACUCCUCCGUCACACCCAAGAUUACUUGUGUGGUCUGCAUUCGACAGAGAAGGUGCAACGCGAUUAGCGAAACUGUAUGUAGAGCGUCAAGACAGCAACACCGAAAUGCACGAUGAUGUCUUCUACACCGUGUCACAGCGACGAACGCUCUUCCCAUGGAGGUGCCAUGCCGUCUUCGACCAGCACAGUGAUGUCUCCAAUACCUGUUAUUCAAUCUCAGAGCCUAUCAGAGCCACCGAAAGUCGACGCAUAGCUUUUAUCUUCACCGGACAAGGAGCUCAAUAUCAAGGCAUGGGUCGUCAACUUCUGAAAUAUCAUGUCUUUCAUGAUAGCUUGAUGGAUCUCGACGGAUGUCUCAGAGCUCACGGCUGCUCAUGGUCUGUUCAUGAUUUCGUCACAGAAGCUGCGAAAGACGGUUCGAUCGACAAGCCAGAAUACGCACAGCCGCUAACGACCUGCAUGCAGAUUGCUUUGGUUGAUCUCUUUAGGUCUUUUGGAAUUAUUCCAUCAGUGGUCCUGGGCCAUUCUUCAGGAGAGAUCGCUGCAGCUUAUGCUGCCGGGGCACUCUCACGGUAUGCUGCCGUCAAUGUCGCGUACCAGCGAGGUCAAGUAUCGUCAAGCGUUGCGCGCGACUGUGGAGAACUUGGCAUGAUGGCUGUUGGUCUUUCAAGCGAGGAGAUACUGCGGUACAUUCAGCGACUGCAGGCGUCCUACACAAAAGUGGAGGUCACUGUUGCCUGUAUCAAUAGUCCGAAGAGUGUGACAUUGAGCGGAAGAGCGAAGCAACUCAACCUACUUGAGAAUUGGUUGAGAGCCGACGCUGUCUUCACAAGGCAGCUUCGGACUCCAGUCGCUUAUCACUCUCCAUUUAUGCAGACGGUGGCUGACGACUAUGCCACGGCCAUUGGUACACUUGAGUAUCCCCUCCAGGGUGAGUCCGUCCCGUUGCUAUCCUCCUUGACCGGGGACAUUGUCCUCCAUGAGACCCUCCAGGAUCCACAAUAUUGGGUCCGCAAUAUGGUUUCGACGGUUCAGUUCGAUACGGCGUUUUCGCGGCUUUUGGCGCAAUCCAACAAGAAAGCGCGCAAGAAAUUGGGUAAGAAGAACCAGGACACUUUCCAGAUUACAGACGCUCUAGAAAUUGGCCCUCACUCUACGCUGAGAGGGCCGAUUCGUGAUAUCACGAAUGCUUUUGCAAGCACGAAAAAGAUAGCAUACACUCCAUCGCUUAUUCGAGGCGAGGAUGCUGCUGUCGCUGUGCUGAAGAUGGCAGGUACUCUCCACUGCGCAGGAGUACCAGUCGAGAUUGCUAAAGUCAACCAACUCGAAAGCAGGCCGACAAAGAGAGCGGUGAACCUGCCAAAGUAUCCUUUCAACCAUAAGCAAAUCUACUGGGAAGAAAGCCGCCUCAGCAAGAAAGUCAGAUACCCUAAACAUGCACGUAACGAUAUCUUGGGGACCCAAAUACCCGAUGGGAAUCCGCACACUCCACAAUGGCGAAACAUCAUGAGAACAAGCGAGCUGCCAUGGAUAGAAGAUCACCGGAUUCAAGGUGAACGCAUCUUUCCUGCCAGUGGUUCACUUGUGAUGGCGAUCGAAGCAUUCAAACAGAGCUUUGAUGACGACGCACUCUUGCAAGGUUGCCAGAUACGAAAUGUGGCUUUCAUCCAUCCGAUUGAGUUCCCCCCUGGAGCCGACAGAGUUGAGACACGACUUGAGCUGUCUCUUCCGCCUCCCAAUGCUGAUCGUUGCUCCACCUGGUCAAAGUUUAGGGUUUUUGUCAUCGAUGAUAAUGAGAACUUCAUCGAGUGCUGCUCUGGCGCUAUUCGCGGAUGUAAGGUCGACAACAUGCAAGGCGCCGGCUUUCCGAUGCCUGCCUUGAAGGGCGGAGAAACUUUUGAGGAUUGGGUUCGAUCCAUAAAUGGCAACUGCAUGGAUGACCUCGACGUUCAAGCCAUUUACGACGCGGCCACCUCGGAAGGAGUCCAGUACGGACCUUGCUUUCAGGUGUUGGAUAAGCUGCGCCUUGGGCAGCAGGGCGAGGCAGCAGCCGAGAUCAAGGCCGGCCAAUGGAGAAAAACCGCCUCAAGCUCUUCGGUUACGCUUCAUCCGGUCCACCCGACGGUCCUCGAUGCGAGCAUGCAGCUUCUGACUCUGGCGCUUAGUCGAGGACGACAAGACUUUGCCACCAUGGUACCAUCUCGGAUAUCCAAUCUCUGGAUAGAUUGUCAACACAAAGAGAUUCUGAAUGACGGACGUAUUAGCACCAUGACCAAGAGCUGGCUCCAAGGGUACCGUAAGGCUGGAGCUGAUAUCAUAGCAACAAAGCUUGACUUGCGGAAUCCUCUCUUCUGGCUUCAGGGCAUGGAGGCAACCUUCAUCGGUGGCUUUGACUCCAGCAUGGCAGCAUCUCGCUAUGCAGACCCGAAUCUCUGCAUGCGCCUGACUUGGAGGCCUGACAUAUCGAGAAUGAGCAACCAGCAGAUCCAGGCCGAAUGCACCCGGGAACGACCCAACGGCCCGAGCAACCAGGUAGCAUUCUAUCGCUCGAUGACGCUUGCCGCUUCCACCUUCAUCUACGAGGCUCUGGCUUACACGGACGCUCAGCCAUCGUUGUCGCUGCCACAGCACCUCAGGUCGUACAUCGAAUGGAUGAAAUACCAGCAGGAACGCGUGCGGAGCGGACGAUUUCCUUUCCGUGAAAGCGAGGUGCGGCAUCUCCUCGGGUCUUCUCCAGAGCGUGCGCAGCUCAUCAACGAUAUCGAGCACACGGACAGCGAAGGCAAAUUGAUGAUGGUGAUAGGACGCAACCUCAUCCCGAUCCUGCGCCAAGAGGUCGAUCCACUGGACCUUCUCUUCAGGGACGGGCUCGCUGAUCAAUUUUAUGAGACAAUGCUCAGUAAUCCCUAUCACUCACAUCCUUCAAGGGCAUACUUGAACCUCCUUUCGUUCAAAGACCCUUCAAUGAACAUCCUUGAGGUCGGCGCUGGUACCGGUGGGCAGACGCUAGCUUGUCUCCAAGCCCUAUCGUCGCGAGAUGCCAAGUGCUUCAGGCGUUAUGACUACACCGACAUCUCGGCUGGUUUCUUCGGCCCAGCGAGGACGAAGUUCGCCGAGUACGAACAUCUGAUGAGAUUCAAAACUUUCGACGUCGAGAAAGACCCCGUGGGGCAAGGGUUCGAGGCCGCCAGCUAUGACCUUAUCAUCGCAUCGCACGUCAUCCACGCGACUAAGACUCUAGAAGUAUCUUUGCGCCACGUGAGGAAGCUGCUCAAGCCUGGUGGAAAGCUACUGCUGUUCGAGACAACACGGCCGGAAUACCUGUUGGUCGGCUUUGCCUUCGGCCUGCUGCGUGGAUGGUGGAGUCCGCUCGGCCAUGAGGAUCGUGCCGAAUACAGCCCCUGUGUCAGUGCUGUAACCUGGGACGAGCGUCUCCGGAGCUCGGGCUUUUCCGGGGUCGACAUGGAGUUCCUGGGCCAGAAAGAGGCAGAGUGUCAAUACAGUAGCAUCAUAGUAUCUACUGCGGUCGACCUCACAAACGGCGGCGAGCAUCACGAGGGACAAAUCGCUGUCGUGGUCAAUCCAGAAGUUGAGGCCCAGCGUACUCUGGCACGAUCUCUUCAGCAGCGCCUGGCUUCGUGUAAGGUUUACACGUUGGCUGAGCUUGCUGCCGACGAAACGCCGCCAUCUGGGCCAGCUUUGUUUCUCGUCGAAGUCGAUGCAGUCCUGCUCUACGAUAUGACGGCGACUGAGUACAAGAAUGUCCAGUCAAUCCUAAUCAGAUUCAGAGACACCCUAUGGGUUGUCCGAUCAGCUUCAGGAGAGCCCGACCCACGGCAUGGCGUCGUAGAUGGAUUGGCUCGCGCACUUGCGUCGGAAGAUUCUACCCGCAAAUUUACGACACUUACCUUACAAGAUGAGUCUGAGGACGGAGAGGGUGCGACUGAGCGCAUCGCUGACGCUUUAGCCCGUCAAUAUUCACCUGUAGAGAACCUUGAGAAUCACAUCGUUGUGAGAAACUGCGUUCCGCAUAUCAACCGUAUUACAGAAUAUCACGACAUCAACGUCAUGAUUGCACAGAAGACCUCCAUCCAACGAAUCGAGGAACGUCGACUUGACGGCACUGCGCAACUAGAGCUCCGUAUGGCUGCUCCGGCAGCAUUACACAUGCUCGGGUACUGCGAGGACGAUACACAGAUGCCACCCCUUGGAGACGACGAGGUUCUGAUUGAAGUCAGAGCAUUCGGACUAACAAUACGCAGCUACCUCAGUGCCACUGGGCAUCUCGACGAACCAGAUCUUGGCACGGAGUGCGCAGGUGUCGUACAAGCGGCGGGUAAAGCGUGCUCCUUUCAACCUGGAGAUCGAGUCACCUGCAUCGGCAUUCGCACCAGUCGCACGCUUAUCAGAAGCAAGGCAAGCGCCGUCGUUCGUAUACAAGAGAACAUGAGUUUCCAUGAGGCAGCGUCCAUGCCUAGCGCGAUCUGGACGGCUUAUCACGCUCUCUUCGAUAUUGGUAGGAUCGAGGAGGGCGACACCGUUUUGAUUUAUGAUGCCGCUACCAGCAUUGGUCAGGUCGCCAUUCAAAUGGCCCGCAGGGUUGGCGCCGCAAUCCUCGUGACAGCACAGUCACAGGUCAGCACGACGCUUUUACGAGACAGUUUCCACAUUGCAACGUCAUCUAUUCUGUCUUGUGCUGACAGUGUUUUGCCUAGUGAAGUCCAUAGUAAAACUCAUGGGAAGGGCGUCGACAUCUUCAUGGGCAAUCUGUCAAGCGAUUCGAUGAGCGAUUAUGCGCAAUGUCUCGCCGCUUUCGGCCGCCUGAUUGACAUUGAAGCCAAGAAACCGAACAGCGGAUCCUCUGCGCCCUCCAUGAGCAUGCCCAGGAAUAUCACGCAGGCAAGCAUUGACCUGACUGAGCACUUGAAGUAUAAGCCGAUCGCUUCAUACAAGACAUUCCAGAAGGCUGUGAGGCUGGCCUCUGAGUGCGCGAUUGAGGCACCUCAGCCGUUGCACAUUUUCCAAGCUGGAGAGAUAGAGAGCGCUUUUCGUCACUUUGAACAGAAGGAUGCAGUUGGUCCAGUGGUCGUUGAAUUCGCACCAAAUGACACAGUGCAGGCCUACGUUCCGAACAAGCCCAAAUACUGCUUUGAUUCAGACAGUACCUUUAUCAUUGCCGGUGGCUUAGGCGGCUUAGGUCGAAGCUUUGCACGAUGGAUGGCCGACCGAGGGGCACGGCACCUAGUCUUGCUUUCCCGCAACGGCAUCAAGACCAAGCCCGCAGAAAAGCUAGUUGUAGAGCUUCGCGCCAGAGACAUUACCGUCGCAACACCAGCCUGCGACGUCACGAACCUAAACAUGCUGCUCCAGGUGAUGGGCGAGGUGUCGAGGACGAUGCCUCCCGUGCGAGGAUGCAUCCAGGCCACCGUCGCCCUGCGCGAUGCGACCUUCGAGAACAUGACCUACGACGACUGGAAAGUUGGGCUCGACUCCAAAGCCCUUGGCUCCUGGAACCUGCACCACGCGCUGCCCCCGCGGCUCGACUUUUUCGUCAUCAUCGCCAGCCUCAACGGCAUCUUUGGCGACGCGCUGGCGCACCACCGGAUUGCGCAUGGCCAAAAAGCCGUUUCUAUUGACCUAGGCCUUAUGGUCGCUGAAGGCAUUGUGGCGGAAAACGAGGCCAUGCUCGCGUCCCUGCGGCGCGUAGGAUACCUCAAAGACAUCCGGCAAGAAGAUCUGAUCGCGCUUCUCGAUUACUACUGCGAUCCGAGCCUGCCGCUGCUCCCACCGGACGACGUGCAAGUCCUCGUCGGGGCGGAGCUGCCUUCGGCCGUGCUGGCGAAAGGCAUCGAUCUCCACCAUUCCAUACGGCGGCCGAUAUCGAGGCACCUGUUCCGAAUGGGCGCGCACAGCGGGGGCACAGCGCCCCAGAGCAGAGGCGGGAGCAGCACGAUCGACCGUGCGGCGGCACUGCGCGACAGCGCCAGCAACGAAGAAGCGGAGCGCCUCACGACGGCAUGGUUCGCGGCAAAGGUGGCACAUGUGCUUGGGCUUGCGGAGGCGGACAUUGAGACGUCGAAACCGGUGCAUGCGUACGGCAUUGACUCGCUGGUCGCGAUUGAUUUGAAGAAUUGGUUGCAGAAAGAGUUAGGUGCCGAGGUCUCUGUGAUUCAGUUGCUUGGGAAUGCAACAAUCGUGGAGCUGGGAGCCAUUGCUGCCGCAAAGAGCGCGUUCAGGAAAGAGAUCAAGCCGCCGCAGACCUUGGAGUGA